AAGCCCUAGUCGCCCUCCACUGCUUCGUGUCCUUCUGUCGGAGAAACGCAAUGGCUCAGCGUUUGCCGGGCCUGAACCCCGUCAAAACCCUCACAACCUGUCAGCAUCGAACACCCAACACCCACCUUCCGCAAAACUCAGUUUCUUUCUCGAAUGCGAAACCGAAGUCUCGAAGUUUCUCUCCUCUCUGUUUAUCCGCGAUGGCAAGCCAAAGUCAGGACCAGAAGCAAUUGUCCCUCGAUGCUCUGAUCAACAGCAGCCGAAAAAGCGAGGUCUCCGAAGCUAUUAGAAGCUCGAUGUUGAAUUGCCUUUCCGAGACGAAUCUUCACUUGACGGUCCCCGGUCUCAAGUCCAAAACCAGGGGCAAGGUCAGGGACAUCUAUGAUGGGGGCGAUUAUCUUGUCCUAGUGACAACUGAUAGGCAAAGUGCAUUUGAUCGGAUACUUGCUUCCAUACCUUUUAAAGGCCAGGUCCUCAAUGAAACGAGCUUGUGGUGGUUUGAUAAAAUGAAGCACAUCACUUCGAAUGCUGUAGUAGCAUCUCCUGAUAAAAAUGUUACAAUUGCAAAGAAAUGUUCCGUCUUUCCAGUUGAAUUUGUUGUCAGAGGUUUUGUGACUGGAAGUACUGAUACGUCAUUAUGGACUGUCUACAGAAAAGGAAUCCGUAAUUAUUGCGGCAAUGCUCUUCCAGAUGACUUGCUGAAGAACCAGAGGCUGCCUGCAAAUAUAUUGACACCUACAACUAAAGCAGCAGAUCAUGAUGUACCUGUUACACCAAAGGAGAUUGUUGAAGGCGGGCUGAUGACUCAAGAUGACUAUGAUGAAGUCAGUACGAAAGCAUUGAGGUUGUUUGAGUAUGGACAGCGCGUCGCUUCAGAGCAUGGCCUCAUAUUGGUGGAUACAAAGUAUGAAUUUGGGAAGGCUGACGACGGUUCCAUUCUUUUAAUAGAUGAGGUGCAUACUCCUGACUCAAGUAGAUAUUGGAUAGCGCAGUCUUAUGAUGAACGCUUUCAAAAUGGUCUUGAGCCUGAAAAUGUCGACAAGGAGUUCUUGAGGCUAUGGUUCAAAGAUCAUUGCAAUCCUUAUGAAGAUGAGGUACUACCCGAGGCCCCAGAAGAACUUGUUGCUGAACUGGCAUGGCGAUACAUUUUCUUGUAUGAGACAAUUACAAAUUCAACGUUUGAAAUGCCGUUGACCAAGGAACCCGUUCACGAGCGGAUUUCACGAAAUGUCUCUUCGGCAUUGUUGUCUUUGUAAGGACUUGGCAAUGAUUGGGCCGGACCAACGUAGUUCUCCCCGAUGGAACUGCUACUUAAUACAACUAGUGGGCAUUGUACUCCUUAUGUAACGAUAUAGUACAGAUUUUAUUUGUGUAAUCAUUUUUGCUUUGCUU